AGCAAUCCGGUAGUUCUCACUAUGCCUGAGCCGGCCAAGUCCGCUCCCGCGCCCAAGAAGGGCUCCAAGAAGGCUGUGACCAAGACGCAGAAGAAGGGUGAUAAGAAACGUAAGAAGAGCCGCAAGGAGAGCUACUCCAUCUACGUGUACAAGGUGCUGAAGCAGGUGCACCCCGACACGGGCAUCUCGUCCAAGGCCAUGGGCAUCAUGAACUCCUUCGUCAAUGACAUCUUCGAGCGCAUCGCUGGCGAGGCGUCGCGCCUGGCGCACUACAACAAGCGCUCCACCAUCACCUCGCGGGAGAUCCAGACGGCCGUGCGGCUGCUGCUGCCCGGCGAGCUGGCCAAGCACGCUGUCUCCGAGGGCACCAAGGCUGUCACCAAGUACACCAGCUCCAAGUAGGGCGCCUCGGAUCGUCAGUUUUAACCCAAAGGCUCUUUUAAGAGCCACCAAUUAUUUCAAGUAGAAGGGCUGUAUUACGGUUUUUCUUGGGAGGUACGUGAUUAGCCUGUUCGUUUGCAUGUUACUGGAGAGCUUUU